AUGACUUCGUUCAGCUCUAGCGGCGGCGCAGGCAGUCUGAUUUCCAACCGCAUCUCGUACAGUUUCGGACUCCGCGGCCCGUCGGCGACGAUCGACACGGCGUGCAGCAGUUCGCUGGUGAGUCUGGACGGCGCGUACAUGAAUUUGCGCGCCGGCGUGAUCCAAACAGCGGCGGUUGGUGGUAUCAACCUGAUGUUGACGCCGCACCUGUUCUUGCUGUUCUGCAAAAGCCAAAACGUUGCUUACGUGGAAGCACACGGUACGGGCACCGGGCUCGGCGACCCGAUCGAAAUGUCCGCGCUGCAAGCUGUAUUUGGCAAGCAGCGCAAAAAUCCUUUGGUCAUCGGCUCGGUGAAGACAAACAUCGGACAUCUCGAAGGCGCUGCGGGCAUUGCAAGCUUGAUCAAGUGCAUUUGCAAAGGCAUCGUGCCUGCGGCAGUGGUUGGCCACUCGCUCGGCGAGUUCGCCGCAGCUGUGGUUGCUGACGUGCUCACCUUCGAACAAGCGCUGCAAAUGUUCUUGGAAAAAGCUGCGCUGGAGCGAAAGCAACUGGAGGUUUCGCACGCUUUCCACUCAAUCCAGAUGGCCGCGACUUUGGAGCCGAUGCGCGCGUGA